AUGUACGAACCGUCCAUCCGACGGAAAUCGUUGCAAUACUCGUGCGAUAUAUGCGGCGAGAUACCGAUUUUAAGGAAAAGAUGGUGCUGCGACGUGUGCGAAGAUUACGACAUUUGCGACAACUGCCACCAGACGCAAAAAGAGCGGCUGUUGAAAAAAACGAAUAGGAAGAAUAAAAAUAAUAGUAGCAAAGAUAAUACUAACAACAACAACAACAACAAUAAAGAGAAAGGAGGAGGAGACGUGGCGAUGAUGAGCGAUUCGGACGAGGAAACGGACUCGGAGGAAGAGAAUAGCGACGAGGAGGACGAGGGGGACGACGUGCACACGGACUCGCACUCGAUGCGAGCGUACGCGGUGAACGAGACGAUGGAACCGUUGCACUCGGGGAAGUUGUCCUCGGUGGCGGAGGACGCGUGUUGUCGGUGGUUUAUGGACGCGUUGAAGCAAGCGAAGAGAGGUGAUCCGAACCAAGCCGCGCUGGUGUCGCAGAUGAUGUUGGAAGGGUACGGAUGUAACGCAGACCCGAAGGAGGCGAGGUAUUGGGCGCACGUGGCUAGAAACGCAGGCGCGCGCAGAAUCGAAGGCGUUUACGACGAGUUGCCUUGA